AUUGGAAUACGAAACGGCGGCUGCGGAGAUUCACCUUUACACGCCAAAAUGGCGGACGGUAUGAGAUCUUCGGAACGACAGACUUUGGGACAGUUCGCCAAAUCGCAGACCAAGUACGGAACGGCCAGCAUACCCGUGAGAUGGAACUCCAAUUUCGUAAAACACAAAGUGGUGUCCACAGAUUCUUUGGUUGGCAUCGCGCUGAAAUACGGAGUAUCGGUGGAACAGUUAAAACGAGAAAACAAAUUAUGGUCAAACGAUGCCUUAGUCCUCCGCGAAUUCCUACUGGUACCGGUGACCAAAGAGAACUCCAAAUGCGUGCCCGCUGGCUCCGAGAUCGUUCGAGCUGCCACCCUGAAGUCCGAUACAGACUCUGUCCGAACGGCUAGCAAUAACAGUAGUAACGGUCCCUGUGAAGACUGCGACAGCGAAAGGGUGUCCAGUACGAGUGCGCCGGAUUUAUCGGCCAAAGACUUUCUAAACAAAUAUGAUUCCAGCAUUGCACAGCUCAAGUCAAAUGUGCAAAGAAUGGAAGAAAGUACUAGGUAAGCUCCCUAAAACUCCC